AAGAAGAGUAAAAAGUAGCGAUGGCCUUUGCUGGGCUUCACCUUUUCCCUGAUUUAAACCGGCCCCGCGUGGGGCCAUGACGAGAAGUGGCCGCGCGGUGGCAGCUGCCGCCCGGAAACGUGCAAAUGGCGGCGGCGUGACGUCAGGCGGGGGCGGGGCUCCACCCCCCACACGGCAGGGGGCGCUGUGGCUCCCGGCUCCCCACGCGCGCGGCGCGGCCCGGCCCGGCGGAGGAUGCUGAGCCGGCUGCAGGAGCUGCGCAAGGAGGAGGAGACGCUGCUGCGCGUGAAGGCGGCGCUGCACGACCAGCUCACCCGCCUCAAGAGUCCAAGAAAUAACUACUGCAAAGGCUUCUGUGUUCCCUUGCGGGCAGGUGGAAGAGCUGGCGCUGCAGUCUAUGAUCAGGGCCAGGGAGGAGAACCGAACAGUCUCUGCGGCAGCUGCUGCGGAGGAGGCACACAAAACUCUUGGGCAGAUGGACAAUGAGGCUGCAAUCAAUCAAACUGAGUUACACCUAAGUCUUCAAAAUCAUGAAGAGGAGGAGGAGGAAGAGGAGGAAGAAUCUGAUUCUUGAGAGAAAAAAUCAGAGAUGGUUUUUAAUACAGACUCAGGAAUUUCUUCUUCAUUCAUAUAAAAUUCAGCAACUGAUUUUCAUUUUGUCCUGUACAUGAACUGUAUGAUAGGCAAGACUCCUGGAGUCUAGUCUAGGGAAGUUCCACCAGAACACAUGAAUGUCACAACCUUGGCACAUCUUGACUCAGAUGUUAAAAGAAUGAAAAUUUGCUGCAGAAAUAUGUAGCAUAAUCUGUUCCAUACUUAAAACCUACCAUGUAGCUUACUACAUCUUUAUAGGUGGAUGGGAGAAGUCAUUAAUCACGUCAGUCUAAUUUAACAUGUACACUAAAAGCAAUAAUUCAUCUGUUCUUAUUUCCUGAUGCUGAAAAAUAAAACCAGGCCUGGAGGCUGGUUGCUGAACCAAUGAUUAUAUUACAACCUCAUCUGCUUAAACUGGGAAUGUUAAGAUGUACAGUGAGAAAAGAUGUGUCCAGGAUUGUUGUGAUCUCAAUUACACGGAAACCUGGACUUAUGCUCCCUGUAAAUGUGAUAGAGAUGUUGGUACAUGGGGAGGAGCAGGGACCGCACCAUCAGCCUAAUCCUGGGCGUGGGAACCUCUUUGUACCUCCUGGUGCUCUUCUAAAGUACUAUCAGUCUGUGACAGCACAGUAUUUUAUGUCACGCUCUUUCAGAGUAGCAGCCAAUGAGCCUUUUAUUUGUCCACAAAUUGUACAGUAAGAAUUGGUCCCUGUGACUUAUUAUUUUUAAAUUAGUGGGUUUUUUUACCCUGACAGUAACUUCAAAUCAAUGCAAAUCCACCUUCUGCUUUCAAGUGAGCUUCAAGGAGGAGUAUGAGGAGUUUAAGAACUUGGUUAUAAACCAGAAAGUGAUGUGAAGUCCCCUCCAUGGUUCUUCUAAUCAUACAGUAAUAAGCUAGUGCUGCUCUUACCAAUGACAGUAUGUUCUUUCUCCUUGUGGAGUACAGACACCAUGUGGUGCAGCUGGUUAUUGUUAAAGACUUGUUUUAAAGCACAGAAACCCAAAUUCUGUUAAGCUGAUUCAAAACAGACAAUAAAAGUAACUUUGUCAGCUU